GUUUUACAGGCGCACUUAAGUGCAUUUUUAUUGAAAUAAUAAAAUAAACAUGUCCCUAACGAAUUAUUAUUCCAUAAUGGGUGUCCAAACCGAGGAGGCUUAUGGUGCGCAUUUUAUCCCGGGCGGUUUGCAGGGUUCGACGUCCGGGUGCGCGAAGCCUACCGGGGGAGCCGAGCAGGAGCAGCAGGAAGAGGAGGGGACCCUGAUCUCACACAUCCAGGAUUUUUCCAAUUUCUCCAACAAAGCCAGUCUGAAUGGCUUUUCUCCUUGGACAAACACUUCUAUCUCCACCCCGACGUCUUCCCAGCUGCAAAGCGCACCCGGUGCUUCCCUCCCUGGACUCUUCCAUCCACACCCCCUCCUGAGCCACCACCAUCCCUCUUACUACGGCCCACAAGCUCUGACCCACACUGAGCACCUCGCGUCCGCGGCAGCGUCCGACAGCAGGUUCGUCCGCUGCUGGGAGGGGGUGAGCCCGGCCUCGGAGGACGCUCUGUUGCAGGUUACACCGAGUUUCUCCUCGUGUCUCCCCACGCAAGGGGAACCGUCUAAUCCCAGCCCCACCUAUGACGCGGUUAAACCAGAGAACUCGCCGCCGACCCGCGACAGCGCAGAGGAGUCCAGAUUCGCUCGCCCCACAGAGGUGGUCCUGGAGCGGCUGGGGACGGCGGAAGAGCCGGGGAAGAAGACUGAGCCGAAGAAGGAGGACGAGGAGAGAAAUACUACGCGACAGCGGCAGCAGCUCGACCCGGAAAAUCCAUCAGCCAGCUGGAUCCACGCCAAAUCUACUCGUAAAAAGAGGUGCCCUUACACCAAGCACCAAACCCUGGAGCUGGAGAAGGAGUUCCUCUACAACAUGUACUUGACAAGGGACCGGCGCCUGGAGGUGGCAGGACUCUUAAAUCUGACAGAGAGACAGGUGAAAAUCUGGUUCCAGAACAGACGGAUGAAGAUGAAGAAGUUGAUGAUCCGGGAGAAGAGGAGUAUGAACUAG